UAUGAUUGAGAUUUGGGAUUUACAAUUAAAUGCUGCAGCACAAAGCACUUCUUAUUUUAAAUCAACUUCUCAUAAACCUUAUUGUAGCUAAGAUGAAUAAAGAAUCAAUCAAAACCAAUUGAGAGAUGUUCUCAUCACUUUAAAUUAAUAAGGCAGUAAUGAUUAUGUAAUUUUAUGGAUGGAUUAAUUUUUUAGAGAAGAGGAAAAUACGAAAUUUAGAUAUCAAAUCCUUUGCUCCCAAUUAGUGAGGAGGAGGAGGAAAAAUAGUAAGGAAAAUGA